CCUCCUCCACGGUAAGUCACCCACGCAGUAACCCUGGGCAAAACAGAGCCCUAAUUACUGUGAUGCCAUGCUGCACAGAUCCAGUUCCAUCAAUGGCGUCCCUUCGAGGCCAACGGAAAGCAGACCGGCCACCUGCUCAUGCCAGCAUUCAGCACCGUAGCCGAGCUGAAUUCAUCCAAGCUGCACAAUGAGUACUGGUCGUCCACAGGCCCCGACUUCAUACCUUCUUUCCGACACAAAACCAUCUCCAACCCCCGUCCAGUACCGCCAUCCGACCAGGCCAAACUGUAUCCCAGCCGGCUCGUCACCCCCGAUGGCACGAGCGUGCGCAUCCAGCCGCCGUACCCGGAAUAUGUGGUAAUUUCAUACACCUGGGGUCGGUGGAAGCAUCGCACCCGAGAGCAAGACACCGAAGUGAAGGGAGGGCACUGGAAGGUUCCCGCCAACACGUUGUUUACCCGGGACGAUUUGGAUACCGCCGUGCGGAAUAUCGCCAAAGGCCGUCACGUGUGGUUGGAUGUGCUGUGCAUCCCGCAGCUCGAUGGGGAUCCCGAACAUGGCGUCGAGAUCAGCAAACAAGGAGAAAUCUUCCGCUCCGCAUCCGCGGCAGCAGUGUGGCUUUGCUCGGGGGGAGAAGAAACCCUGGCGGAGAUCUGUUCCUGGGCCCCAGACGAAUCGCAGAUGGUGGACCCGGAUGUGCUCCAGGUCCCGAACCUGUUGGAUAUUAGGUCUGGCCACGUAGACCUGUCCGAGACGCGUCGUCGCCUACAAUUGAUCAUCGCUCUGACGACCGAUGUCCCGUGGACCACGUCCCUGUGGACCUUGCAAGAGGCCGCCUUGCGGCUGGAUGCCGUGUUCUAUGAUAAGAGCGGCCAUCAGAUCCUACACCAGCAGAGUGGAAACCCUCUCACUAUUCGCCACCUGGUCAAAACACUCCGAUAUAUCCGAGUCGCACUUCACCAGAUCAACGAGCCGGGCAAUCCGCGCAGCAUCUUGCAAUAUCCGGAGACCAUGCGUGCGACUGACGCGGAUAUCGAUAGCUGGUUCCAGGCGACCGACGCCGUCAACCAAAUCAAUCUCCACAACCUCAUGUCCAUGAACGCCGGACAAUUAUUACUGACAUCCACCCAUCGAACCUGCCGACGACCGCACGACCGCGUGUACGGAAUCAUGGGCGCCAUCGGAGUCACCAUCCCUGUAGACUACACCAGAGACCCAGGGGAAGUGAUGAACGCGUUUCUCGUCGAAUUGCAUAAUGCCUUCCCGGCUGAAAUGCAGAGCUUUCAUCGCUCAGGAGCAAUCCGGCCGAGUAUCCGACCGUGGCUGGCUGACGAGGACUGCGAUGAACUGGGCAUGGUUCGACAGGGGCAACCGCCGCUGUCACGACCGUUUCGCCAUGUGUCUCCGACGGGCGAUCUGAUCGUCAAGGAGCUGCUGCUGCUGUCCGAUCGGGGAAUGGAUGAUCUUGCCAUGCGGUUUCUGAGCGAGACGGUGCUGCCUGCUCUCGAUAAUUAUGCUUUUCAUCAGAUCUCGAAGGGCAUGAUCUCGACGCAAGGUUGCGAAAGCACGGGUCGAGAAUCAUAUGUGCGGGGUUGUCUAGUCUUGCGGUAUGUGAGUACCCGGGUGCAGCUGGGUCUUGUGCCUCUGGGGACUGUCAAGGGGUUGGAGGAUAUGGGAUGGUCGUGGAUGUAUUUACUGGUGGGGUCGGAAGAUGCCGGUGUCGGGGCGCGACGGUUUCGCAGACUGGGAUUGGUGCUGUUGGUGGAGGAGAUGAUGGUGGAUGUGACCCAUGGGGAGUUUCAUAUCUACUGAUCAGUACGUUGGCGAUUGUUGACACUUUGUUGCUGUUUUGCAUGUAUGAGAUACAAUUUUUAUACGAAUAUAAAAGGGAAGAAGCAUCAAUAGCAACAGAUCUAUCGUAUUCGUCCUCCCCGUCUCCGACAAGGAAUCAAGAUUUGGAUAUAAACGGCGGAG